AUGAACGCGACCGACGAUGCCUUCGGGCCUCGCCUCGAGGGCGCGUUCGACUUUACCUUGCUAUUCGAGCAAAGCAUUUUUUCAAUUUUGCCUUCUGCGGUGCUGAUUUGCGUUGCUGCCGCGCGCAUUGGCUGGCUACGUCGCAAAGAUGUCAAAGUUCGUGCUGGUAUGCUUUUGGGAGCAAAACUGGGUACUGCGGGCAUCCAGUGUUGCUUGCAACUUGUUACUCUAGUUCUCUGGUCUGUACCCAACAGCUUACCGACACGUGCCUCUAUCCCCGCCUCCGCAUUGUCCUUGAUUGCGUCCGGUGCUGUUGGAGCUCUGUUCUACAUCGAGCACAGACGGUCAACUGCACCCUCCAAGAUUCUUUCCGGUUACCUUUUCCUCACCAUAUUACUUGAUGUCGCCCAAGCUCGAACAUUGUUCCAACGCGCAGGGCUUCGGUCUCUUGCAGCGAUCUUUGUGACCAGUUUGUCGAUCAAACUUGUGUUGCUGUUGCUGGAAGAAGUCCCCAAGAGAUCAUUGUUGGCACCUGGGCUCAAAGAAACUACAUCCGUGGAGAAAACAAGUGGCCCACUGAGCCGAACCGUAUUUUGGUGGCUGAACAGCCUUUUCCGUAAAGGAUUCGGGGACAUACUCUCCCUUGGAGACCUGUCUAUCAUUCAGGCCAAGUUCACAUCACGGCAGCUGCAAGACUGCCUUGGCGCGGUGUGGGAUAAAUGCAACAAGCAGCGAAAACACUGUCUCACACUCGCCACUUUCCGUGCUUUCAGCUCGACCUGUGCAAUAACUGUCCUGCCGCGAUUAUGUCUUUCAGCCUUGCGAUUUGCCCAACCGUUCCUCAUCCAAAGAAUCAUUACUUUCGUCGGCGAACCGCCUACCACAAAUUCAAGUGAGAUAGCUAGUGGACUCAUUGGAGCCACAGCUCUAGUAUAUAUUGGCAUGGCAGUCACGCGUGCCUACUAUCAACAUCUCAAUUUUCAACUCACGACAAUGAUCCGAGGAGGCCUAGUUGCCCUUAUAUUUCAGAAGACAUUGGAGCUUGAUAGCACAAAGGCUAGCGAAGGCGACGCCAUCAGUCUUAUAAGUGCCGACAUUGAAGGCAUUGAACCAGGAAUCAGUCUUAUUCACGAAGUAUGGGCCAGCAUCAUUGAACUUGGCAUUGCCUUGUACUUGUUGGAAAGGCAAGUUGGGGCUGCCUGUUUCUUCGUGAUAAUUCCUGCUGCCGGUGCGAGCAUGUUGACUUCCCAAUUAAUGAAGGCAAUGCGCCCUGCAAGGAUGAGUUGGGGCAAAGCCAUCAAAGAGCGAGUGUCUGCUUCGUCGAACAUGCUAGCACAGAUAAAGUCACUCAAGACCAUGGGUUUGACCAGCUACAUGUCUACGUCUAUUCAGAAUCUCCGUGUCGCCGAGUUGGACGUGUCGAGGAAGUUUCGUCUAGCACUGAUACGCAUUCUGACUACGGGCCGUCUUGCCGACCAAAUGACCCCGGUCGUCAUUAUUGCUGGUGCAGUUUUCUGGACGAAACGCACCGAGGAUCAAGAGCUCUCUGUAGCUGAAGUUUUCUCUGCCCUCGCGAUCAUCUCCUUGGUCUCGUCGCCAAUCUCACAGCUCAUUUCCUGCCUUCCAAAUGCCAUGGCAUCCAUAGCCUGCUUUGACCGAAUCCAAGAGUAUCUAUUGGAGGAGGAAAUUGGAAGCUCUUGCCUUAAGCCAUCGAAAUCUCACGAUAACACCGACUUCGAAGAACGAGAGGGAGGAGCGUCUGGUCUCCCGUUGUCUGCAUCCAUCGAAUUGACCGGCAUGAUACCGCAUCAGUCACGUUCGCCCUCGAGUCCGGCUGCGGUCAUUGUGAAAGAUGGAUUUUACACGCCAGCUGAUUCUGGCAGUCCUAUACUACAGGGUAUCAACCUUUCGGUCAGUUGGUCUUCGUGUGUGAUGAUUGCUGGUCCGAUUGGCUCAGGCAAAACAACUCUACUGAAAAUUAUACUUGGUGAAAAACCUCUAUCCAAGGGCUCUAUUCAAGUCGACCGCAACCAGAUUGCAUACUGUAACCAGACGCCGUGGCUUCGAAAUAUAUCUGUUCGGGAUAACAUCGUCAGUCCGAAUCUUUGGGAUGACUUGUGGUUUGCCACCGUUGUCCGAGCUUGUGCUCUAGACAAGGAUUUAUCCCUACUGCCAAAUGGCGAUCAAACUCUUGUCGGUAGUGGGGGCGUGGCUCUGAGCGGUGGUCAAAAACAGCGCGUUGCUUUAGCUCGUGCAGUGUACUCACACAAGAGCAUUCUCAUUCUUGACGAUGUCUUGAGUGCCCUCGAUAAUGCGACUGGCUCAAUAGUCUUUGAGAGGCUACUGGGUAAAGAAGGAAUUCUCAGGUCAAGGGAUAUUACGGUUGUGCUUGCAACACACUCUGUUCACUAUUUACCUGCGUCCGACGCAAUUAUUGUCCUAGCCAAGGAUGGCCAGAUUGCUCAACAAGGCACCUUUGGCGACUUGAAAAAUACAGAUGGAUAUGUUAGAGAUCUGGCUCUAGAGCAAAUUGCGCGCGCUAAAGCCAUGGAAGACGAAGAUACCACAGAUGGCGCGGAAUCCAAACCGAAAGUUGAGGCCGCCAACGAAAACUCUGAGGCGUUGGACCUCAAGCGACAGACAGGCGAUAUAAGCCUGUAUACAUUCUACUUUAAGUCUGUCAGUUGGUUUCUGGCGGUUUUCUGGCUAGCCCUUGCGAUCCUUUACACCGGUCUUUCCAAGAUACCAGAUGUCUGGAUCCGAAUAUGGGCCGAACAGGGAAUGAACAACAAUUCUGGUUAUUACUUCGGAUCAUAUUUUGCACUGUCAUUCUCGAGCGUCUUAGCAUCAGCAUUUAGUGUCAGUUUCUUUAUGCUGGUCAUUGUGCCUAAAUCAGCUCAACAUCUCCAUUGGCUCUUCCUCGAGUCUGUGAUGAAGGCACCUUUGUGGUUCUUCACUACUACCGAUAGCGGUGUAACCCUUAACAGGUUCGCCCAAGACAUGACUCUACUGGACAAUCGACUGCCCGUGGCCGUAUAUCACACAAUCUACGACGUCCUCUUUGUCCUGCUGAGUACCGCCCUGAUUGCUGCUGGUGCACAAUACGUGGCAGCAGUGAUUCCGUUCAGCGUUAUCGCCCUGUACCUUCUUGCGAAGUAUUAUCUGCGAACAUCACGCCAGAUACGUUACCUCGAUCUCGAAGCCAAAACGCCCUUGUUCACCCUUUUGACUGAAACAAUUGAUGGCCUAAGUACUAUCCGGGCGUUCGGUUGGAGGCGAUCGAUUCUCGAGGAAAGCUUCAGACUUCUUGAUGGAUCUCAGAAGCCUUAUUAUUUGCUCUUCUGUAUUCAGCGCUGGUUGACAGUCGUUCUCGAUCUGUUCAUAGCUGCGAUUGCUGUUAUACUAGUUGCCUUUGCUGUGAAAUUCCGCAAUACCACGACGCAAGGUGCCAUUGGCGUUGCCAUGGUCAAUAUUCUCGGUCUCAAUACAGAGCUUUCCGAGCUUGUCAACAACUGGGCUGAUCUGGAGACUUCAUUGGGCGCUAUUGCGAGGUUACGCUCGUUCUUGCAAGAUACUCCAAAGGAAGAUGACCCUGGGAGAGUCGCACCAGCAGAUGCGACCUGGCCCUCCCAAGGUCGUGUAGAUCUCAAGGGCCUGUCGGCUGCAUAUAGGGCAAAUGAUAAUCCCGUGCUUCGCAACGUGUCCCUUAGUGUACUGCCCGGCCAGAAGAUUGGAAUUUGUGGUCGCACUGGAAGUGGGAAAAGCUCUCUAAUCUUGACUAUUCUGCGUCUCCUUGAGAUCGAAUCGGGGGCAAUCAGUAUCGAUGGUGUGGACCUUUCCACAGUAUCAAGGGAGUCGGUUCGGACCCGCAUUAUUACCCUGCCUCAAGACCCCGUUAAGCUAUCUGGCACUGUGCGUCAAAACCUUAUUCCCGGCGAAGCUGCUUCCUCCCUUGCUACCGCCGGUGGCAACGAAGACGAGCGCCUGGAGUCGGCCCUGACCAGAGUCGACAUGUGGGACUUGAUACGGGAGCGCGGCGGGCUUGAUGCUGAUUUUGGCGACAUGGAACUGUCUCAAGGCCAGCGACAGCUCUUCUGUCUCGCCCGCGCGAUCCUGCGUCGCAAUGACAGUACGAUCGUGCUUUUAGAUGAGCCAACAAGCAGCAUCGAUCGGGAGACGGACGAGCGGGUGAUGAAGGUCAUUCGCGAGGAUUUCAAGCACUGCACUGUUAUUGCGGUGGCGCACAGGCUUGAGACCAUUCUGGAUAGCGACGUGAUCGCUGUUAUGGAUGCGGGCAAGAUCCAGGAGAUUGGUGAACCGAAGGCUCUGCUGGGACAGGCUGACUCAAGGUUCAAGGCGUUGUGGGACAGCAGAAAUGGCUGA